AUGUCUGCUCAUCAAACCCCUGGAAACAUCAGUCGGUUGGGAACCCCCCCUUCGAUCCCAGCAAAUACCCUUUUGUUAGUUUACCAGGUACCCGAGCUUAGCGAGCAACAGUUGCGAGAAUUUCUUGAUCGCAGUGUCCGUGAUGGUUGUGAUAUCCGUCAUUUCUACGAGGUUAUGAUUGAUGCUAUCAGGUCAAACAAGGUAUAUCUCGUGAAGGAGCUACUCCGAUGUAAUAUACCUAUAUCGUCAUUCUAUGUACUCGAAGCUGUCAGGGGAAAGGCGAAAGAUAUCCUGACAGCAUUCUUCGAUAACGGCUGGGAUAUUAACGCGCCAAUGGGUGGCAUGGACCCCCCCAUUCUUGCCAACGCUCUCGAGGACCUGGAUAUGACAACAUGGCUCCUUGAUCGUGGCGCAGAUCCGAAUACGCGAUGUCAUAUCGAUAUUACCCCGCUCUCCUAUGCCGUCAAAUAUGCCGAUUUGCCAAUCAUUGAUCUUCUCCUACGCCGUGGUGGUGAUGUCAGAAUAGGCCAGCUUGUGCAUAAUGCGAUUUAUAGAGAGUCCGACACCCUCCAAGUUGUUGAAAUCCUCAUUGAUCGGGGUGCUUCUCUUGAUUCCCUUAUGUACCAAGACCAUCAAUAUUCUUGGAACAUGUUUCCCUUUAUGAGGGAAACUCCCCUACACACGGCAGUGGCUCUCAAAAGACAUGACGUUAUUCGUUAUCUGAUUCACAAAGGAGCAAACGUGAACAUUGAAAACUACAGGGGCCAAACAGUCAUGCAAUCUGCAGGUGAAGACACCAAAAGAGUGAUUAUGCAAGAGAUUCAGAAGAGCAGCACGUUACACGCAUCUUUGUGA